AAAAUUGUUGGGUCUGGCAAUAUUAGUUUGGGCAUUUCAACCCUACUAGCAACGCCACAGAAAUUUAUUGCAAAAAAGCGAAACCGGAAAAGAUUCAUAUACAGAAAUUGUAUAAAGUUUUGAUUUUUAAAUGUCAGUUGAUACGCUUGUCAGCGUUGCCAAGGACUUCUCGUAGCAGCGCAUAAUAGAGUCAGCAUCAUAUAGUCGCAAACGACCCGAGCUUCAAAAUGUCCAAUUGCGGGGGUGGUGGCGGCAGCGGCGGCGGCAGCAUCAGCGUCUCGGCUGGCGAUUGGAUUUGCCCAGAUAUUGACUGUCGCCAUUUGAACUUUGCGCGUCGCCUGCAAUGCAAUAAAUGCAACCGUGAUCGCGAAAGCAGCAGCAUCAAUGAAAAGCCGGAUCGGGAUCGGGACAGGGAUCGAGAUAGAGACCGAGACCGCGAUCGUGAUCGAGGAAGUGGCAGCAGCUCCAGUAAAAAGAAGCUGGGUACAGAAAUUGGCAAAGUUGCGGCGGACAAGUCACGUGGUCUCUUCAGUGCCGAGGAUUGGCAAUGCAGCAAAUGUGCCAAUGUCAACUGGGCACGCCGCCAGACCUGCAACAUGUGCAAUGCGCCCAAAUUUACUGAUGUGGAGGAGCGCACAGGCUUUGGUGGCGGUUACAAUGAUCGUGGCGUAGUCGAGUACAAGGAGCGCCAGGACUCCGAUAGCGAAUACGAUGAGUUUGGUCGUCGCAAGAAACGCAAGACCAAUGAACGAGGUAGCGAACGCAGCGAUGAAGAUGGACGUGGUCGAGACGAUUCCAAGCGUGCCAGACGUAGUGAUAUUGAGGGUGAGGAAGACGACGACGAUGAUGAAGAUGAUGAUGGCGAUUUGUCCAAAUACGAUUUGUGGGGAGACAACGAGGUAACCUCAAGCAAUGUUAAGAGUAAGGACUCAAUGGACAAUGGGAAUGGCAGUAACAACAGCAAGGAGAAAUCAUCGUCAGCUGCAGUCAACAGUAAAAGAGCUUCUCGUGACUCCACAUCAUCAACAUCUUCGUCGUCCUCGUCAAGCUCGUCCAGCUCUAGCGACUCGUCAUCAACCUCAUCAACCAGCAACUCCAGCAGCAGCAGCAAUGCAUCCAACAGUAAGCGGGGAAAGAAACGUUCUAACACUCGAUCGCGGUCUGCCGAACGCACUGCAAGUGGACGUCGUUGAAUCAUUCAUUUCAUUUCAUUUCACAUCUCUACUUCGCUAAGGAUGUCAUGCGCUUUCAUCAAUUGUUUUUCAUUAUUGGAAAAGAAUUGCUGUUUAUUUAUUAUUCUAAGUCUACACACCCGACGCCACGCCCCAUGACAACAAUGACAUGUAAUGGAACUCCCGAUGAGCAUCAAUAAAUUCAUAUAACUUAAGAA